AUGCAGCAGAGACCCCGCAAACAAAGCGUUGAGCAUCGUUGCGCCAUUUGUGGCUUUGUUUCUUGGGCUUCAAACGUGGCUUCGCCUAGGACUGGUGUGCUCGACUUUUUUGAGUACUCCCCAAGCGACAUUGCUGUUUUGGUCCGGAAGUGUCACUACGACGAGCCCCUACCUCAGCAUGCUUACCAUAUCUUUAGUGAAAGCCGAGCCAACUUGUCCCGCUGGCAGCGGUUGGCGUUUGAUAAGCCCAGGAACCAGAUCCAGAUAGCAGUGGCCAACAUCAUCGAGGACCGCUCAAAUCAUGGGCAAGACCAGUGGGAGACAGUGGGGCGCAAGAAGCAAACAAAGGAGAAGAAGAAGACCAAGGAAGAUGAGGCAGAGGUGGAGGAAACAAAUGGCGCUGCCCCUGGCAAGAGACAGGAGCCCGUCAAUCAUGAGCCCGAUGAGUGGUCGACCGUCAAGAACAAGAAGCAAGCCAAGGAAGAGCGAAAGCUGAAAGAAGAGGAGGACAAGAAGGAGAAUGAGAAGAAAGAGCACUUCAUGUCCAUCCCGGAGAGAGCGCCACUGGAGCCUGACGAGUGGUCGACCGUCAAGAACAAGAAGCAAGCGAAGGAGCUGCGCAAGCUGAAGGAGGAGGAGGACAAGAAAGAGCAGGAGAGGAAAGAGCAGGAGCGAGUGCAAAGGGAGGAGGAGAACAAGCGCCGCGAAGCCGAGAGGAAAGCUGCGGCGGAAGCUCGCGAAGCAGAGCGAGCUCGGGAAGCCGAAAAGGCUCAAGCUGCAGCUGCAGCGGCUGCAACACGUGAAGCCGAGCGCGCUGUGAGCGCCGCGAUCCCGGCCCCGAAGCCAGCCCCGAAGCCCGCUCCGAAGGGCAAAGGCGGCGCAGGCGGCACAGGUGGGAAGGGGGUUGGCAAAAAUGGAUUUCACCAUGACACGUCUGCAGCUUCGGCACUCCCGCCGGAUCCUGCCAUCCUCUUCGCGGGGGCAAAGGCGGAGGAACAGCAGAAUGGUGAUCACAAAGACGAUGGCAAGCUGAAGGAAAAGGAGGUGGAGAAGCCAAAGGAGGAGAAGCCAAAGGAGGAGAAGCCAAAGGAGAAGGAGCCAGAGAAGGAUAAGGAGAAGGAGACGGAGAAAGAGCCGGAAAAGGAGAAGGACAAAGAGAAAGAGAAGGAGCACUGGCAAAGCGGCCAGUGGUGGGACGGCUCCGGUGAGAGAUGGAACAAGAACUGGGAUUGGGAGUCGUGGCGUGAAGAUGAUGGAGCCAAACCGCAGAAUGGCCGAUGGGAGUGGAACAAGAAGUGGAAUGAUUGGGACAAACCCCAGGCUGACAGUGAUGGUUGGUGGGGGAAUGAUUGGAAAAGGAACCGAAGUUGGUCCUGGCAAAGGAAGGAAAAAGACGAUGCUCGAGGUUGGCAGAAAAAAGACGCGCAAGGCGCGAGAGGCGACAGGAGUGAGACGACAGCAAGGUCUGAUAAAUCUGAUCAGGCCGACAAGUGA